AUGAGUAAACAAAGCACACAACUCAAGCAGUACAGAGGCAGGAAAACUGAUGACUAUUUAAGUAACUUAGAUGUCUAUAGUGAUAAUAUAUCUGAAGAUAUAAUAGUUUCUAUAAGAAAAAAUACUUCAAAAGCUAAAAAUAAUACUUUGACAUUAACUGAAACAGUAAAAGGGUAUUUUUUGGCUAUUAAAGCAGAGGAAAUUUUAGACAUUGCUAAUGCCAAUAUUUUUAAUUAUAAGAUAGCUGAAUAUCUAAAAAACAAGCCAAAGAAGACUUUAGAAGAAAUGAAUGCUUUAAAUUAUGAUAAAUAUAAUAAAAUAAAAUGGUUUAGAAAUCUCAGAAAACUUCAAGAUAUGAGUAUUGAUAAUAAGACAGUGAUUAAUGCUAUUCUUUAUAAAAAUUAUAGAAAUAAUAGGCUCAUGACUAUCACUUAA